UUUCAACCCAAUCCAGCUGUUGCCGUCACUCGCAAAUAUUCAAACUCGGGGAAUACGCACAUGAAUUGGUCAUAACCUCCUACGCUGGUUCGCGUCAAGAACUGUGGUCCUUCUCGCGCUAAUCUAAUCAAUUUGAGCUCUUGCUCGACUUUCCUUUUACCUUAGACACAGACUUCUACUAUUGUGAGGUAAUAGAGUUGUUCCUGUCGUAAAAAAGCGGAGAAUCAUCGAGAGGAAAAUUAACCGGUGAUUUUGUUGGGGAUUGCGUGUGCCUAUCUGGUGUCCAACAGCGUCGAUUUGUAAAGUCUGAAGCGUAAUGGCGGCUACUCAAGCUUUCUUUUCAUCGAGCGUGGCUCUUGAUACACUUUCUGCGGCGCGCUGUUUACUCGACAUGUCAAAAAUUUUUCCGAAGAAACCCGCGCCGGUGCACUCUGAGAACACGCCAUCGUCUCCUUUGUUGAUGUUCGCGAAAAUCCUGGCCUCGAUGGAAGAAGAGUGCUCGCUGAUAAAGAAACAUUCAUGUCUUGGGAACACUACGAAUCAGACAUCGAACCUGAAGGCAGGAGCCGGCUUCGGAGUGCAGUUCAAGGAAACAGAGCGCGAAAAAUUUGCGACUGCUGUAACCCCGAAGGAGAAUGGUGGCGUUACAGGAUACUGUAACGACGACACGCCCUCUGAACUGUCCACGAAACCAAAACAAAAGACCCGGCGCCGAAAUUCACGCAGGAGAAGCGAACAGGAGAAGAAAAUUCACGCUUGCCACUACAACGGUUGCGAUAAAAAAUACGGCAAGAGCAGUCAUCUGAAAGCACACCUCCGUACGCACACGGGAGAACGCCCGUUUCAUUGCACUUGGACUGGCUGCGAGAAAAAGUUUGCUCGCUCGGACGAACUCGCACGGCAUUAUCGCACGCAUACGGGUGAGAAACGCUACGUUUGUGGCAUCUGCAGUAAGCGUUUCAUGAGGAGUGAUCAUCUCUCGAAGCACGCAAAAACGCAUGGAUUGAAAUCCCGCAAAGAACUGGCGAGACCCACGAAUCCAAUGUUCUUUUGAAGUCGAACGCGGUGGGUACGCGUUGAAAGAAACAACUGUGCGAGAGUUCGCGUGCAAUUUUAGUGUCAGCUGCAAAGAAUGGUCUCCCGGUCGAUUUCUGCGGCGAAAACUGUGUGAUAAAGUGGAAAAUCAGUAGGGGACAUUUUAUAAUAGAAGUCCAAUGAUGUUAUUUCAGCUAGUAGGUUCUUCAAUUGCUUUUGUUCCCAGACAAUUGUAUUUGACAUAUUCUAAGAAGUUUACGAAAACGCAGUCCAAUCGACGAUUGAUUUUAAAUUCUUUUGGAACAAUAGUCGGUGAUUUAGGCUCAUUUCAUCGUAAAUUUUAAUGUUGGACAUUACAGAAUUAAAAAAAUAAUUUUGUAGAUUGAAAAGGUGUUCAUUACACCCUUUUAUAAAGUAUGAAUAAUUUUUUUUCGUAAACGACAAAGUUUUUAAUCUAACGUGUGACACACCUGUGUUAAAAUUCAGCUGGACUGAAUAAACACGGGCUACCUUUCAUUAGAUCGCUUUGUUUGAAACUUGAAAUGACAAGAAACCACGCACACCGAGGUGAAUGUUUUAAUAAAAAUUUCCUUUAUGAUUGUAUUACAAUAA